AUCGCGUUCAACCUUGCUCACCGCAGCAACUCGACCACGCGCACGUGCGGGAGGACUCUGGUGUGUCAAAGCGACUUGCCAGCGAAUCUCACUUAUGAAGUUUGCGCGACGCAGCGAAAGUGACUAUCGGGUACGGCCAACCACUGAAAAUGGCAAGGGCGAUAUGUUCAUUGCCCUAUCUUGCUCUUCUUCCUGUCCACUGAUGAGACCUUUCGGACUAUAGUCUCUAUGAACCUCUAUGGCUAAGCAAAGAUUGUGGUGAUGCUCAUCAGCAUAGUGUUGGAGUGAUUCAAGCAUAUCAUAGACCCCUUAUCAGACAUGAACGAGUCACCCCAAUACAAGCAAGCUGAUUUUGAAGAGGAGACUAGCAGUGUUGGCUCAGUCACUCUUGGAAUCAAUGAUGGAAUCACUUUUCAACCACAGCACUUCAGAUUCUACACAGGAUGCCCCAGACUGCGAAUGAGGACAGCCUUGGAGAGAAUCCUCUGUUCGUGUUGCAUUGCGUCUGCUUUCCUCAUCUUUGUCCUGACCAUCUUAUUGAUGAUCCAUUACUUUUCAACCCCUGAGAUCCAUAAAGAAGCUGAGGCUUGCUUGACCCCCUCAUGUAUCCAGACAUCGGCAUCAAUCUUAGCGGCCAUGGAUCUCACAAUUGAUCCCUGUGAAGACUUUUACCACUAUGCUUGUGGGGGCUGGGUGAGAAAGAACCCUUUACCUGCUGGCAAGAGCAUGUGGAACAUAAUAGAAAAAUUGAGUCAGGAAAACCAGCUCGUCUUGCGGAAUGCCCUUGAUGAUCUGUUGAAGCAAGAAAACAAUCUCAAGGGAUCUUCAGCAGAAAUGCUGGCCCUGCGCUACUUCAUUUCAUGUGUGGAUAAGGAUGGAAAACUUGAAGAUCUUGGUGCUACUCCCCUUGUGGAAUUCAUUGAGGAACUCGGGGGAUGGAACAUAUCAUCAAAGAAUUUUCAGGCCUCUACUUGGAACUUUCAGAAGGCUGUCCAGAAGAUACACAAUAAAUUUAAUCUUGGUGGACUCUUUAGGUGGAAAAUUGGCGAUGAUGAUCGGAAUGCAACCCAAUACAUCAUUCAGAUUGAUCAGGGUGGUCUGAGUCUGCCAUCACGAGAUUACUACUUGAAUAAGAGCAUUGAAGUUGAUGAUGUUCUCUCAGCCCUGCUGGAGUACAUGACCAGGACAGGGCUGCUUCUACAAGGUCCCAUGCAAGAAGAACCGUUGGAAGCAUUGCGCUUGUCCUUAAAAGACCAGAUGAGGGCAGUAAUAGAGUUUGAGAUCCUCUUGGCCAACAUCACAACUCCCAGUGAUCAGAGAAGGGAUGAAGAAAAGCUGUACCACAAGAUGCCUCUCAGGUCCCUGCAGGGUCUUGCUCCAUUCCUGGACUGGAAGGCAUACAUGAAUGAGGCAUUUGGUCUGGUGAACAAGAGCAUCACUGAAGAUGAAUCUGUCUUGGUCUAUGCCCCAGAGUAUCUCUCUGGUUUGUCUAAAUUGGUGGAGGUGCGACUGACAACAGAGAAGGGGAAAAUUCAGCUGGGAAACUAUGUGAUGUGGCAUGCUGUGAAUGGAAUGGUUUCCACAUUGUCGCGGUCGUUUCGAGAUGCGUUACGAGAUCUCAAGAAGGCCCUCGUGGGAGGGGAAGGAGAGACGAUCAGAUGGCGGGAUUGUAUAGAUGACACCACCAACACUUUUGGGUAUUCCAUGGGUGGACUGUUUGUAAAGACUCACUUCAACGGCUCAGCCAAAGCCCAGGCUCAGCAGAUGAUCAGCGAGAUCAAGGCAGCAUUCCAGGAAAAUUUGGUCAAUUUGCCAUGGAUGGAUGAUGAGACUCUGCAUGCUGCCAUUAUAAAAGCCAAUGCCAUCACAGAUAUGAUUGGGUAUCCUGAAUUCAUCAUGAACACUGAGGAGCUGAAUAAGAAGUAUGAUGGCCUGAACAUCAGGUCAGAUGCUUAUUUUGAGAACAACAUCCUCAUGAACCAACAGGCACUUCGAGAAAAUCUCGACAAUCUCGGGAAACCCGUGAAUCGCACAAAGUGGGAGAUGAGCCCACCCACAGUGAAUGCCUACUACACCCCAACUCGGAAUCAGAUGGUCUUCCCUGCUGGGAUCAUGCAACCUCCAUUCUAUUCCCCCGAUUUCCCUCAGGCCCUGAAUUAUGGUGGUUUGGGCAUUGUCAUGGGGCAUGAGCUCACACAUGCCUUCGAUGACCAGGGGAGAGAGUAUGACAAGGAUGGAAAUUUGAAUGCUUGGUGGAAUAAUGCCACUAUCAAGCGUUUCACCAAGCAGACACAAUGCUUCGUUCAUCAGUACGCCAAGUUUAAGAUCAACGAGGAAAACCUGAAUGGAGUGCAGACUUUAGGUGAGAACUUGGCUGAUAAUGGAGGACUGAAGGCUGCCUACAAAGCAUAUGAUGCAUGGUUGUUCCACCAGUCCAAUUUCGAAGAUCAGCAUCUUCCUGGUUUGAAUUUCACUUUUCGUCAGCUAUUCUUCAUCAGCUUUGCACAGGUUUGGUGCUCAGUGGGGACAAAAGAGGCAUUCCACCUCCAAGUGGUGAAUGAUGAUCAUUCCCCUGGUGAGUUUCGUGUCAUUGGUGCAUUAAGUAAUAAUGAUGACUUCAGCCGGGAAUUUAAUUGUCCGCGGGGAUCUCGUAUGAAUCCUUCCGAAAAAUGCGUUGUUUGGUGAUUUGCUGCUUUGUUGUCCUCCUUUUUCCUAGGAAUGAAUGAAG